AAUUUCACAAUUUAUUUUUCUAUUAUAUUUAUAUUUAUUAUAUUCCCAAUUUAAUAAAUUCAUUAAUAUCUUCAGUUACACCUCCCCGAAUUUGCAUUCAAUUUCGCUGCUACUUUUUUUUUUUGAACGUAUAUUCGCUGCUACUAUCUACAGCUAAUAGCAGCAGAUUAUGUCUGCAAUAUCUUAUUAUGAUGACAUGCAAGAUACCCCAGAGGUCAUCGAUCCUCCUCAAGUUGAAGAUUCAAUGGAUGUAAUGGAACUUGUACAUGUUCAUGAUCCUGCUCCAAAUGCUUCAAAAGCUAAUCAACUCGGGACUAGUAGUGUUCGUGACCUUUUAGAAUGCCCAGUUUGCUUGAAUGCCAUGUACCCUCCUAUCCAUCAGUGCUCAAAUGGUCACACAUUAUGUUCUGGCUGCAAACCUCGGGUGCACAACCGUUGUCCGACAUGCAGACAUGAACUUGGAAACAUUAGAUGUCUUGCACUUGAGAAAGUAGCUGCGUCUCUUGAACUUCCUUGUAAAUAUCAGAGUUACGGGUGUGUUGGAAUCUAUCCGUACUACAGCAAGUUAAAACACGAAUCUCAAUGUGUAUUCCGACCCUAUAAUUGUCCCUAUGCGGGCUCAGAAUGCACAGUUGUUGGUGAUAUCCCUUAUCUAGUAUCCCAUUUAAAAGAUGGCCAUAAAGUCGACAUGCAUAAUGGCAGUACUUUUAAUCAUCGUUAUGUCAAAUCAAACCCUCACGAGGUUGAGAAUGCGACGUGGAUGCUUACGGUAUUUAGUUGCUACGGUCAGUACUUCUGUCUACAUUUUGAGGCCUUCCAGCUUGGGAUGGCACCCGUUUAUAUUGCUUUUCUGCGAUUUAUGGGUGAUGACGACGAGGCAAAGAAUUACAGCUACAGUCUUGAGGUUGGAGGUAAUGGAAGGAAGAUGACGUGGCAAGGAGUCCCAAGAAGCAUAAGAGAUAGUCACAGAAAAGUUCGUGAUAGUUUCGAUGGUCUUAUUAUUCAAAGGAAUAUGGCACUUUUCUUUUCUGGGGGUGAUAGGAAGGAAUUGAAGCUCAGAGUUACUGGAAAGAUUUGGAAAGAACAGUGAUGUGUUUGUUUGGUAGUCUUACACUCUUACUCUUAGGUGGUUGUUUUUAGUGGUCUUGUGGUAGGUUUUAUGGGUUUCCUGUAGCAAUCUCUCUUUGCUUGUUUUCAUUUUUUUUGUUGGUGUUUUUUUGGGUUAUAUAUAUGUGUUGCUGGGUAAUAUCAUUUGGGUGUAUCGACUUAGUUCUCAGUUUGAUUGUAAUUUUUGCUUGUAGAAUUUAGAUCGGUUAAUUGUGUGCCUGUUAUAAUUAGUUGAAUUAUAAUGGUUGCUCCAA